CGGCCUGUAUAAAAACAAAGCACCGCAAGUUUACAGAAUCUCAGCCGGCUGUUCGGAAUUUGGCCGAAAUAACUGUGACUCAUAUCAAGAACUCCCCCGUCGAGCUAUUCCAACUUCAUUCCGUAGUUAAAGAAAGAGGAAGCAACUCGAAAAUGGCAGAUCCACGCGUUCGGCAACUGGCUAUUAAGGGUGGAGUCGUCAGGCGGUUGACCAAGGAGAAAACCUGCUACGAUAAGGACAUCCUGAUCGAGCAGGCCAGGCUGCUGAAGUUUAAGGGGGAAGGAGCUGACGACCAUGUCUUGCGGAAGCAGGAGGAGGUCAUCCAGGAGUGUAUUAUGAUGGUCCCGGACGCCAAGAGGAGACUUCAAAAGGAGUACGAGGUGCUGGAAAAGUACCUCGCAGACGAGCAGGAUCUCAAGGAGACUGAGGAGUAUACCAAGGCCGCAAGUUUCCUCGAAGCAGCAAAGGCUGAACUCAAGGCUUAGGGCCAGCACAUUCCCGUUUAUUAUUUACCCUUAAAUAUGUUAAGUAUUUGGAAAACUGCAAAAUUCUUUGCUGGCGAGUGGCCAGAAAUCCCUAAGAAUAAGCAAUUUAAUCCCUUCCUCUUUGUUUUGAUAAACAAAUAAAUAAUAAAACAGACAGACAGCUGUUGA